AUGGGAUUACUGUGCGGCUCUUCGUCAGCUUCAAAGAAGCCUAUUGAGAAAAAAAUUGUGAUUCUGGGCGAUGGUGCGUGCGGUAAGACGUCGCUAUUGAAUGUGUUUACUAGAGGUUAUUUUCCCAAAGUUUAUGAACCAACCGUCUUUGAAAACUAUAUUCACGAUAUUUUUGUCGAUGGCAAGCACAUCACGCUUUCGCUGUGGGACACUGCAGGUCAGGAAGAGUUUGACCGGUUACGAUCACUAUCGUACUCCGACACGGACACUAUAAUGCUGUGUUUUAGUGUUGAUUCUCGUGAUUCAUUGGCAAACGUCCAACAUAAGUGGGUCGGAGAGAUUGCUGAUCAUUGUGAAGGUGUGAAAUUGGUGUUGGUGGCAUUGAAAUGUGACUUGAGAAAUACUGAAAACGAAACAAACGCCAUAACUCCAGGCCUUAUCAAUCAGCAGCGGUCUGAUCUUGAUAACGGAAACAGAAAUCUAGAGGAAUCCGUGCAGGAUAACCACAACAAUUACAUAACGUACGAGGAGGGCUUGGCAAUGGCAAAGAAGAUAGGCGCCCUUCGUUACUUGGAAUGUAGUGCCAAAUUGAACAAAGGUGUUAACGAGGCGUUUACAGAGGCUGCUCGUGUGGUGCUAACGGAUGAGCCAAAGGGUAAGAAGAACACUGAGAGUGACGGUUGUAUUAUAAUGUAG